CGGUUUUUAGUGAUACCAAGAUUUAUGUGCUGAUUAUCUUGAAAGGCACACCUCUCAAGUCCUACGAGAGAAUAACGAGGCCUUUUGCCUCUUCAUAUCCCCUUCAUUACCAUCAACCGGUCGCAAUCCCAUAUUCUACGUAGUUGGAUGGCAGUCAUGGCUACCGAAGAACCCCAAUCACUGCCAGUGGUUCAGAAGAGCACAGAUUCUGUGCCGAGUGAGGAAAAGGUGGGCGACGAGUCGAGUGUCAAUGGACAUUCAGAAGACAAAACCAAGGUGGAUGAGAAACCGACUACUAACGGCAAGGCGGAGCUCACAGAGUCGACCGCCGAUGAUUCCUUAAACAAAAAAGCAUUUGCUACUAACGGCAAUCUCCCAGAGCAAUCGACUGAUGUCCCUCUAAGCUCAACUGAUGUCGAGAUGGCGGAUGUUAACGGUACGUCGACUGUGAAGAACUCGUCCCCGACCGAGACCGAAGCAGCAAAGGAAGACAACGCCGAUCCUUCGACAUCCGACAAGCCUCUUGCGACCGAAGAAUCAGCAGCAGUGGAUCCAGUUGUCGAGAACAUUGGUGAUUCAAUGGACGUGGACACCCCUACAAGACAACCUGACGAAGAGGUAAAGGUUGACCAGGAAAAUGGCGCCCAGGACAAGCCUACGGCUGGUAAUACAGCAGAGCCUACAUCAUCCCAAGACCUAAGUCAACCGUCAGCUAGUCUCGCUAAAUUGGACAUCAAGGCUGCUCAAUCUGACGCAUCGGUUGCCCAAGUGGAUACUCCUAUGACCGAUCAGCCUACAUCAGCAGGUAAAGUCUCGAGAGAACGUGAAGAAGAUGGAAUGGAGGAGAGAGCGCCGAAACGGGCAAAAACAGAAGAGGACACAAAUGGCCCGACAGCAGAUUCGCUUGUUGUCGCAAAUUCCUUGUCAUCGGCGCCCACACCUGGUGAACCUGCAGACCAAACCCCAGAUGAGCAAGUUAUCACACCCUUCCAGAAUCGCCAAAUCCGACAGAUCUUAGCAGGUUUAAAGAAGACAAAAAAUGGGCUUAAUUUUAGACAACCCGUUGAAAGACUCUGGCCAACCUUAUGGGAGGACUAUAAAACGAAGAUAGAGAAUCCUGUGGAUAUCUCUCUUUUCGAGCAAAAGCUGCGUGAAGAGAAGUAUGCUAAUUAUGGUGCAUUUAAGGCUGAUGUUCGAUUGUUGCAUCAGAAUUCACUCGCGUUCAAUGGUGAUGCAAACGCGAUCACUGUGGCUGCAGGUAUGGUCAGAGACGCAAUAUUCAUGCGUCUUCCUGAGAUCUCCAAAUUAGAGGAACCUGCAAAACCCGAGAAAGGCAAAGCGCAUCCGACACGCCAUACUGAACCUCGGGCAGCCACCCAACCUCGCAGACAAUCCCAGUCGCAGCCGCGCCCAGAGGCGGCAAGCCCAAAGCCGAGACGUCCAUCCCCAGCUCAACCUACGCAGUCAAUUCCUUCAUCUUCGGCCCCAGCUUUUGCGAUCCCUCCUAAUGGUAUUCCUCAAAUCCGUCGCGACUCUACGCGGGAGGACAGUGAUAGGCCGAAGCGACCUAUCCAUCCCCCGAAGAAUCGCGACCUCGAUUAUGCCGCAGCUAAUCGUAAAAAGUUAGAACCUGAGCAGCGUUUCUUCGAAGUGGCAUUGGAGGAGAUUAAGAAAGGCAAGCAUUACGCAUUGAACCAAUGGUUCCUUACGCCCGUCGAUCCCGUAGCUUUGAACAUCCCGACGUACUUCAGCGUUGUUAAAAAGCCAAUGGAUCUCGCUACCAUGACGCAAAAGAACUAUGAAGGCGAGUAUAAGAACGUGAAGGAUAUUGAGAAGGACAUGCGAUUGAUAGUACACAACGCUGAACUCUUCAAUGGACCAAGCCACGAUGUCACGACAUUAGCGAAGCGCCUCGAAGAUCUUUUCAAGGCCGAGCUCGGAAAGAGAGAGGUGUGGAUGAAACGUCACUAUCCCCCGGAGCAACCUUCUACGACGAAUGCUUCGGCUCCUAGUCCUGAGCGAAGCACUCAUGAAUCAGAGGAAGAAAGCGAAGCCGAUAACGACGACGACGAAGGCAAUGAGGCCUUCCGUACGCUACAGACUCGAUUAGAUGAAGAGCAAGACAAGCUUAACGCUAUGGUGGGCUCCAAGAAGCCAGAUAUCACCAUGAUCGAGAUCCAACAACAGAUGGUGUCGAUGCUCCAGCGAAGGCUUGUUGAAGAGAAAACGAAAGUGAUUAGUGGAGAGAAGAAGCCUAAGCCGAAGAAGAAAGCUACUAAGAGUAAGCCGAAGUCUGGGGCUGGUGGCUCGUCAGCUGCAAAUAAGAAGGCAGCGGCUGGAAACUCGACGGCUGGUAAGAAAACCUCUGGGAAUAGUAGUCAUAAGAAGGCAGCUCCCAAGAGCCGACCGGUUGGAGCACUGGAGAAGGCAGUCAUCGCUGAAGGUAUCAACGAGCUUGAUGGCGCCACUCUCACUCGUGCUGUUGAGAUCAUCAAGAGGGACACUGGUCAGAAUGAGAACGACGAUGGCGAAAUGGAAUUGGACAUAGAUGCCCUAUCCACGGAUGCUCUCCGAAAGCUCUAUGACUUGAUCAACAAGACUGCCCCAAGCGUUCGGACGAGCAUCGAGCGAAGACCGGAAUUUAGCCGACCAGCAGAGCCCGAACCUAAGGCAAAGGCUAACGCCCCAGCCAAGCCUAAGAAGAAUAAGCCAAUGAACAAGCAUGAGCAAGAACGUAAGAUCGAGCAGCUUCGUGAGCUUAAAGCCCAACUUCAGCGCGGGGGAAGCGGUAGUCAAGAGCCCCUACCCAACGAAGUUGAGGACAGCCGACCUGCGGAAUCGAGUGAGGAGGAAAGUGACUCCGAGGAGGAAUAGACACAAAACCCGAUUACUCCAAGCACGCUUAGUCUCGGAGUUAACGUCAGAAGGAUG